UCGGCGCAGGGCCGGAGCGAGCCCCGUCCCCCGCCAAUGUUGUUUUCGCCGAGUGGAGCUGCUGGUGUUGUUGGCGGCGGCGCCAUAUUGGAAGGGACGAUCCCCCGUUAGCGAGAAGCCCCUUAGCGCUGGCCUCGCCGCCGCCAUGCUGUACCUGGAGGACUAUCUGGAAAUGAUCGAGCAGCUACCCAUGGAUCUGCGCGACAGGUUCACCGAGAUGCGCGAGAUGGAUCUGCAGGUGCAGAAUGCAAUGGAUCAGCUAGAACAAAGAGUAAAUGAAUUUUUUAUGAAUGCAAAGAAAAACAAACCUGAAUGGAGAGAAGAGCAAAUGACGUCAAUCAAAAAGGAUUACUAUAAAGCUUUGGAAGAUGCAGAUGAGAAAGUACAAUUGGCAAAUCAGAUUUAUGACUUGGUAGACCGGCACUUGAGAAAGUUGGACCAAGAACUAGCUAAAUUUAAAAUGGAACUUGAGGCAGAUAAUGCUGGGAUUACAGAAAUACUAGAAAGACGUUCUCUGGAACUGGAUACACCAUCACAGCCAGUGAAUAACCAUCAUGCCCAUUCACACACUCCAGUAGAGAAAAGAAAGCAUAAUCCAUCUUCUCACCAUAGUACAACAGAUCACGUUCCUGAAAAGAAGUUUAAAUCUGAAGCUCUUUUGUCUACUCUCACUUCAGAUGCCUCUAAAGAAAAUACACCAGGGUGUCGAAACAGUAAUUCAUCAUCCUCUUCCAACAAUGCAUACAAUGCAAACUCUUCUCAGCCACUGGCAUCAUAUAACCUGGGCUCAUUAUCUUCAGGAUCUGGAGCUGGUGCUAUUACCAUGGCAGCAGCUCAAGCAGUGCAAGCCACAGCACAGAUGAAGGAAGGAAGAAGAACAUCCAGCUUAAAAGCCAGCUAUGAAGCCUUUAAGAACAAUGACUUUCAACUUGGGAGAGAAUUUUCAUUAUCUAGAGACUCAACUGGAUAUUCAUCAUCAGCUCUGGCAUCUACAUUAACACAAACGUUAAGUUCAUCAACCACAGAUUCACGGAGUGGUAGAAAAAGCAAAAACAACAACAAGUCUUCAAGCCAGCAGUCCUCAUCAUCAUCCUCAUCUUCAUCUCUGUCAUCGUGUUCUUCAUCGUCUGCUUUAGCACAAGAACUAUCUCAGCAAACAGCAGCAAUACCAGAGUCUGAUUCUAACAACCAAGUUGAUUGGACCUAUGAUCCAAAUGAGCCACGUUACUGCAUUUGUAAUCAGGUGUCCUAUGGUGAAAUGGUGGGCUGCGAUAACCAAGAUUGUCCAAUAGAGUGGUUCCAUUAUGGCUGUGUUGGAUUGACAGAGGCACCAAAAGGGAAAUGGUACUGUCCACAGUGUACUGCUGCAAUGAAGAGAAGAGGCAGUAGACAUAAAUAAGUUUCUUCAUUUGGAAAACAAAUGACAUCCUAAAGAUUUUAUAGAGGACUUUAACAAAUCACAUUUUGCAACCACUUAAAGAAGGAUUAAUAUAGCAAUCAUAAGAUCUUGAACUAUUAGUUUUGCUAGUUGUGUUUUAAUAUUGUAAGUAAAUUAUUUAUGCACUACGAUGUGUUAUAAAUAUUAUUCCUGUUAGCCUUGGAUUCUUCCAGUGGCCAACAUAUGCAGACAUUUGUACUCUCAAACCAUUUUCUCAGAGCAGUGGGCAUUCUACAAUAAUUCAGUCUUCAAAGAAUUCUAACAAGAGGAGAUUUUAAAUGUAUGUUUUAUAUUCAACAGGCAUAUUCUGCUGCAUGUACUUUACUCAAGAGCUGUUAUAUAACAGUAUGUAUAUAAAUGGUGCAAAAAGUCAGUGUAUCUAAAAAGAAUAUAAGGCAGUUGUUUUUAUAAUGCCUUUAUAGCUUUGUUUCUUUGUGAAACUAAAUUCAGCAGGCUGAAGAAAAUGGUUCUUGUAUAAAGCGGGCUGGUGUCCUCUAGAGUACUUGGGUACAUAAAAACAAACUCCUGUAGAGUAAAAACAGAUUUGUGCCAUUAGUCUUUAUAUGUCUCUGCACCGAACAGGGUGCAGAUCAUAAGAAAAAGGGUGUUAAAGUGAUAAAUUUUUUAUACCAAAUGUGUUUAUUUUUUUGUGCAAGUAAUCCUUUAAAUUGGAAUUGUAUUAGGUGUUAAAAUUUAAAAAAAACAAAAACCAAGAAACUCAGAUGUUGAUAUUGAUGCUUUGCAUACUUUGUUGGAAAAGAAUAAAACCUCAGAAUUAAUGUCACUCUCA